GGCGGAAUUGGAGGUGUUUACCUCUCCUGCGAGGGCCCGACAGACGGGCGAGGGUUCAGGCUGAGGCUGCCCGGUUCGGUCCAGCCUUUCCCGCCCCUCGGCCUCCGCCAUGGAUUCCUGGGUCCGUUUCAGCGCCCAAAGCCAAGCCAAGGAGCGAGUGUUCAGAGCUGCCCAAUAUGCUUGCACCCUACUGGGCUACGCCCUGCAGAAGAAUGGAGCUGGGCCCGAUUUCCUCGCUAGGAUCAAGCAGCUGGAGGCUCAUCUGAGUUUGGGACGCAAGCUAUUCCGGCUGGGGAACUCUGCAGAUGCUCUGGAGGCGGCCAAAAGAGCCAUCCACCUGUCCGAUAUUGUCCUCCGUUUCUGCAUCACCGUGAGCCACUUAAAUCGGGCCAUGUACUUCGCCUGCGACAACAUCCUCUGGGCGGGGAAAUCGGGCCUCGUCCCGCACAUGGACCAUGAGAAGUGGAGCCAGCGGUCAUUCAGAUAUUAUCUCUUCGCGCUGAUUAUGAACUUGAGCCGGGAUGCCUAUGAGAUCCGUCUCCUGAUGGAGCGCGAGACCAACUCGAAAUCUCAGAAAGGAAGCUGCAGAAAUGGCCCGUCCAGCCCGGGGGAGGACCCCAACCAUCGCUUCCAGCAGCUGGCCCUGAAGCUGAAGCUGCAGCUCGCUCUCCUGGCGCAGGUGCUUCGCAACAACCCUCCCCUCCUCCUGGACCUGAUGAAAAACGCCUGUGACGUUUUCAUCCCUUUGGACAAACUGGGCAUGUACAAGACCAGCUCGGGCUUCGUGGGGCUCUGCGGCCUGACCUCGUCCAUCCUUUCCAUCCUCGCCAUCCUCAACCCGUGGCUGAAGCUGAAACCUUGAACGGUGGCUGAGAGGGCUGGCUAAGCUGAGCCGCUUCCUCUCCUAAAUUCCCAGCUCCGGAAACUAGCUUGGGGGUGCUAAUUCUCAGCCAGGCAGGCGCUGCUUGAGAUGCGGAAGUUCCUCUGAACUUGAGGGGUGGGGGAGAUGCAGGGGGGGGGGACACUCUUCUUUUGUCACUCUUUGAGCCCAGGAGGUGGAGAAGCAACUCUGGUAAUGGACCUUGUGGGGAGCCGUUAGUAUUUGGGGUUAUCAGGCUAGGGAUAACUAGAGUUUCAGUCUUUCUGUGUCUUAUUUAUUUAGGAAGAAA